AUGUCGGCGCAGCAUCGUCCGUCUCCUCUCCGGUCGUCGGAUGCAACCUGGGUGACCUCGAGCAUCAUCGACAGCUCAACACCCGCGCAAAGCUCGUCGAGUCGCGAUCUGGUGCCCGCGCCGCGCGCGAGCGAUCUGCAGAUCAUCCUACGCACGCGCGAGCACGCCGCCUACUACGACCCGGCAUCCAACGAGCUCUCGCUGCAAAAGUGGCCGCCGCCCGACCCCACAGAGCCAGCUGGGGCCCAAGCGCCACUGGUUCGCCAUCGCUCCCAGACCACUCCGCAGACGGUCUUGCAGCGCUUCCGCCGGCCGUCGCCGCUUCCCAGUCCGCAGCUCGAUUCGGUCUGCCCGACGUGUGCACGGCCCUGGCCUGUCAAUCCGGCAGAACCACUCGGUGCAGAGUUUGAAAACGAGGCCGAGUACAACCGCGCCGAGUACGACCGCGAGGCGCCGUCGUACAUCGCGCCCAACUACUUUCGUCUGCUGGCGCAGGCCACCUCGACGGGCGCCAGCGGCUACACGACGCGGCCCGACACGCCGAGCCUGCUGCGCAACCGCUUCGAGUCGGCGUCCGGCUCGUCGACGCCCGUCGCCGCUUCGGGCACAUGCACGCCGUCCGAGCCGCUGCAGCACGACGCCGAGGCGCAGGGCUACUAUGCACGCUUCUUUGUGGAGCUCAAGCGGCUGGGCCGCGGGGCGCGCGGUACAGUGUAUCUGUGCCAGCACGUGCUCAACGGCAACAAGCUGGCAAAGUACGCCAUCAAAAAGAUCCCCGUGGGCGACCACGCGCAGAGCCUGCUGCACAGCCUCAACGAGGUGCACCUCAUGGAGUCGCUCCACCAUCCGCACCUCAUCCACUACCAGCAUGCGUGGAUCGAGCGCUGCCAGCUCACGCAGUUUGGUCCCACCGUGCCCACGCUGUUUGUGCUCAUGAUGGCGGCCAACGGCGGCAGUCUGGCGGACUGGAUUUCGGCGCGCGCCGGUGACGCCGCCGCUGCCGCCGAGCAGCUCGACUCGCCCAGUGAUGCCGAUGCCCACACCGCCUCCGCCACGGAGCCGCAACAGACGACAGGGCGCGCCGAUGAUACGGCGUCUGAUCGGCGCAAGAUCGAGCGGCUCAAAGCGGCGUUGCGCCAGCGCCGGGCGAAUCGCAAAGUGAGCGCCGACGAUGCUACUAGCGCCGACCAUCCCACCACUUCUGCUGCAUCUGCGUCGUCUGUCGAUGGGGCCUCCAGCGCAGGCGUGGGCGUGCACCUCCUGCGCGAGGAAGAGAUCUACAGUCUGCUGCACGACAUGGCCUCCGGUCUGGGCUUCCUGCACGAGCGUGGCAUCUUGCACCUCGACAUCAAGCCGGGCAAUGUGCUGUUGCACUGGGACGACGACUCGCUCGUGCCGCGCGCGCUGCUGAGCGACUUUGGCUCGUCGCUGCUGCUGCACGACAGCUGGACGCGCACGCGCUCCGGCCACACGGGCACCAUGGAGUACAUGGCACCCGAAGCCGUCUUUGCCGAUGCCGGUGGGCGGCUGGCCGAGCUGAGCAGCAAGGCGGACAUGUGGUCGUUGGGGGUGGUACUGCAUCUGCUGCUGUUUUUCAGGCUGCCGUACAAGCAUACCGAUGUGGACAGGUUGAGGGCCGAGAUGAUGGCGUAUGGCGGCUUCGAUCGUGCAGCGUGCGAUGCGGCAGGACGACGCGAUGACAGGCUGCUUGGACUGCUCGAGAGCUUGCUGGAGCGCGAUCCCGUGCGCAGGCCGAGCUGCAAGGAUGUCCUGCGCGUCCUCGACGAGGCACAGCACGCAGCAAAGGCCAAGCGAGAGCGUACGCCGAGCGAUGACCAUCGUGCACGCGUCUCGCUCGCCCUGCAUCGACCAGCCGCUCUUCCCCCGCUACCCGCACACACCCCCGGCGAUCCACAGCAUCUCAGUCGCAGCACGUCGUGGGAGAUGCUUCCUCCCGAAGCGCUGCACAUCGGCGUGGCGUUGGUCAAGUGCCUCUCGCCCGCUCUCGUCGUAUCUGCCCCAAGGCCCAGCGUGGUUGUGGCUCUCGCAACGCUCGUGCUGCUAGCGCUGGUGGAUCUGGUGGCGGCAGUGACGCAUGCCCCGCAUAGGCGCACGGUCGCGCUCACCACCGCAGCUGCCCACGUCGCGCUGCUUGCGUUCUUGGCCGCCUGA